AUGACAGGAACUGCGGUCAACCCAUUGUUCAGAGCAGCCUUCAUGGCGAGGUCGGAGAAGCAAAACGUGACCCUCUUAGUCCCCUGGCUCUGCAAAUCGGACCAGGAGCUGGUUUAUCCGAACAGCAUGACCUUCGACUCCCCCGAAGAGCAGGAAGCUUACAUCCGGAGCUGGCUGGAGGAGCGGGUGGGCUUCAAGUCCAAGUUCAAGAUCUCAUUUUAUCCUGGAAAGGUGGCAUCUUUAUCACGAGCAGAGCGAAUCCUAAGAUCCGUUGGACACUGAGGAACAUGUGACCCAAUUCUUUCCAUGUUUCUUGUUCGGUUUCCAGUUUCAGAAGGAGCGGCGGAGCAUCCUCCCCGCCGGGGACACCUCGCAGUUCAUCUCGUCCAAGGAAGCUGACAUUGCGAUCCUGGAGGAGCCGGAGCACCUCAACUGGUACCAUCAUGGGAAGCGUUGGACGGACAAGUUCAACUACGUCGUCGGCGUCGUCCACACGAAUUACUUGGAGUAUAUCAAGAGGGAGAAGAACGGCGCCCUCCAGGCCUUUUUCGUCAAGCACAUCAACAACUGGGUGACCCAGGUGUACUGCCACAAGGUAUUAUUCUUAUUCUUCUUCUUAUUAUUAUUAUUAGUAUUUUCUCUCUCCUCUCUCCACCCCCAGGAAGACCCGCGCAGGGUUUAGGCAGCAGAUAAAAUAAAAUAAAAUAAACCUUUUUUUAAUUUUUUUUGGUUGCAGGUUCUGCGUCUCUCUGCGGCGACGCAAGAUCUGCCCAAAUCGGUCGUCUGCAACGUGCACGGGGUCAACCCCAAAUUCCUGAAGGUCGGAGAGAAGGUCGCGGCGGAGAGGGAGCUGGGGCAGCAGGCCUUCUCCAAGGGGGCGUACUUUCUGGGGAAGAUGGUCUGGGCGAAGGGGUACAGAGAGCUGAUCGACCUGCUCUCCAAGCACAGGAGCGACCUCGAUGACUUCAAGCUCGAUGUGUUCGGCAACGGAGAGGACUCCCACGAGGUUCAAUCCGCCGCCAGGAAGCUGGAGCUCAACAUCAACUUCCUCAAGGGCCGCGACCACGCCGACGAUUCCCUUCACGGGUAAACCCCCAACCCCCCAAUACAAAAACCAUUUUUUUCCUUGGUUUAGAAGCCAUCAGUCUAAAACCCCAGAAACAAAAACGAAAACCAGGUACAAGGUGUUCAUAAACCCCAGCGUGAGCGACGUGCUGUGCACGGCCACGGCGGAGGCGCUGGCCAUGGGGAAGUUUGUCAUCUGCGCGGACCACCCCUCGAACAACUUCUUCAAGGGCUUCCCCAACUGCCUGACCUACCGGACCUCGGAGGACUUCGUGGCGAGGGUGAAGGAGGCGCUGGCGAGCGAGCCACGGCCCCUCACGGCGGAGCAGCGCUACAACCUCUCCUGGGACGCCGCCACGCAGCGCUUCAUGGAGUUCUCCGAGCUCGACGGCGUCCUCUCUGGCGCCGGCGAGAGGAGUUUGGGGGCAGCGAUGAAGAAGUCCAUCUCCUUGCCGAAUCUGACGGAGGUGGUGGACGGGGGGCUGGCCUUUGCCCACUACUGCCUCACCGGCAACGAGGUCCUGAGGCUCUGCACCGGCGCCGUGCCCGGCACGAGAGACUACAGCAAGCAGCACUGCAACGACCUCCAUCUCCUCCCCCCGAAUGUACAGAAUCCCGUCUAUGGCUGGUGA